AUGAAGGAUGAUGAUGAACUUGUAGAUUUUCCGUUUAAAAAACCACUUUAUUUUGUUUUAAAUGAUGUAAUAGCGAUUCCAGAAGUGAGAGAAAGCAUGCACUUAAAGUUUAUAGAAAAUUUGUAUUUGAAAUUUAAUAUAGGUAAUAGAAUAGUAAAUGAGGAAAUUCAUGGUCAAAUUAAUUAUCAAUACUCAUAUAAUAUAAAUGAAUUGAUAUAUAUAGGGGAAAAAUUUGAUUAUUGUAACAUUUUACUUAAAGUAAAAAAUUUAGUAAAUGAUGAAUUUACAGACAAAAAUGCUUCAUUCGGACUAACAUACGAAAAUAUCUCUAAUAUUUACAAUAAAUUUCACUUAAAUAAAGAAAAUCGAAUUUUAAUGCAAUAUAUAAUAUAUAAAUACUUUAAAGAAAAGAAUUACAUAGUGAAAGACGGAUUGAAAUUUGGAGUUGAUUAUAUAUUAUACCACAAAAGUCCUUCUUUAGUACAUGGGAAACAUUGUAUAUUAAUAUGUAAAUUUACAUAUGAUGAUAAUGAUCAAUUAGAAUCUGAUGGAUAUGAAGAAAUUACUUAUAAUAAUAAAAAAUAUCUGGUAAAAUUUCCUGUAAUUAAUUAUAAAAAGAUUAUUAAUUUAUCAAGAUUAUGCGAGUCUGUCUCAAAAAAACUUAUUUUAGUUGAAUGUAAUUCCAAAUGUGAAGAAAUACAGUGUAUAGAAAUUUCAAGAUUUUUUUAA